UUGUCGUACUAAUUCUUCUCGUUCGCAGCAGGCGCUCUUCGGACAAAUUCCCGCAAAUUCACCAAAAAGGUGUAACCACCAGCCCGAAAAUGAGGAUGCCACUGGGACGUAAACAAGCCGAACAGGCCGCUCAAUGGAUUUCGUCUGCCGCCGGAUACGGAGCAGCGGCCGCGCUGGUCGGUUGCUACCUGACCGACUGGCGGGUGAUUGUUUCGUACAUCCCCUUCUACGGUGGCAAAUUCGACAAGAAGGAAUAA